AUGAAAGUGGACAAAUCUCCAUUUGGGCAUGUUGCUGAUCUCAACUCGAAUUCUGGUGGCACAGAAGUUUUCCUAGCCUAUAAGAAGAAGCGAGCUCGGUCACCACCCUUGACUCCGUCUGCACCCCGCAAGUUGAGACACCUCAGGUCUGCGUUUGCUCUAAAAGCGACAGAAGUGAGGGAACAGGAGCUGAUUUGUGCCCCCAACUCGCCCUGGAACGAGACGAUGGAGUAUUACAUGUAUCCAUUGCUACUAGCAUGUUACACCCGCCAAGGGAAUACUGCUGAAGCUGCCGUUGAAGGACUGACCCAUUGCCUUGAGGAAGGUGUAUUCGACAGUCCCGGAUCUGAACUUUGCCAACUUGACGUAGUGGUCGACGCCGUCACUUCGAUCUGUCAGCAGGGGGUCAAAUGUCGCUUUGAGUCUGCGCUCAAGUUCUUCCAAAAGGUUAUUCGAAAGUACGCAGACGCCUUUGACCCCUCUGUGCUUCACGUAAUACUAAAGGCCUUAACCUUCAUUGGAGACUUUGACGGCUCACUCACCAAGUCUAUCGAAGACGAACUGAUCUCAAAGAUCAUGUACGCUUACGAAGCUGCUUUGAUCCACAAGAACUCCACUGUCGUCAAGAAGAAAGCGUCAAAGGAGAUCGAUCAAUCGUCGAGUGCACUUGCACACGGGCUAGUUGUGGAUCUCAUUGACGACAUAAGUACUGGCGCUGAAAUUGCAACCAUGACCGAUACAAUGCUGGGCGUGUUCAAGGCCGAGAAAAAUGCGCUUCAACUGGUGGUGACGUUCAGCAAAGCUGUUAACCGCAAGUUGGUGAGUCUGAGUGAGACGGCUACGGAAAGCGACCAAUUCUCCAGUGUGAGCUCUCUUCGGGCGCUUAAUCAGACCCUCCUUAGUGCUGGGACGCGAGCGCGUGAACAACGGGUGUUUGGGCAAGUGGUUCGAAGGUUUGUGCUAUCAACACUAAACGCCACCGUGCUCACGUGGGUACCGGAUGUAUUUCGAGCGAAUCUCACACUAGUGUCGACACUGUGGAACCAUUAUCGCCGGUAUCUUAAGGUGGAGCUAGCACUGAUGUUCGAGCAUGUUCUGCUUCGCAUUCUACGGUCCACCGCACCCUGUACGAAGAACCACCAGCUGGAAAUCAUGCACGAGGUGACGAACUGGCUGCAACUGCCGCACAAUGUCGUUGAGAUAUUUCUCAACUUUGAUCUGGAUCGAAUUCAACAGUGGAAGAUUUUUGAGCAUUUGUGCUCGACAUUAGGCUCGAUAGGAGAGGGAAGCGUCGGUCACCUUGCGAAUGGAGACGAGGGGGAUGACUCUGCUUUGGAACUGCAAAACCAAGCAAUCAAUACCAUUUUGGCUAUGGCUCGUAGCGUUAUGGACGCUAGUGGCCACGCACAUCUCAUAAGCCGAGACCGACGUACUCGUAUGCUAUCGAUGCUAACUGGAGGUUGGGAGCAAGACGAAUCGGGUGAAGAGGCCUCACCGUUAAGGGAUGCGUUCACUAUGCUACCAACUGGAGACGUAGCAAGUCAGCCAGGCUCCCCGGCUGAGCCAAAACGGCAAACAAAUCGCAAAUUUGGAGGCAAUAUCUCGGUUCGCAUGCGAAACGAGCUGCAGAAGCACAACCAACAAUUACUAAAGCGUGCGAUGGAGAUUUCAUCGUCGAAAAGCUUGAAAAAAGCUCUCGAAUACUUGGUAGCUAUGAAUUUUAUCAAGGACACACCUCGAAGUAUCACGUCGUUCUUACGGAUAUACCACGAUUUUUUCGACGAGACGGAAAUCGGAGAUUAUCUAGGAGAGGGCGACGAAGAUAACAAAGUUCAAGUUCGAUUGACAUACGUUCGAGCAAUUUCCUUUAAAGGGAUGACCCUCGUCGAGUCUCUGCGGCAUUUUCUAACAAACGGAGGCUUCCGUCUUCCAGGAGAGGCACAAAAGAUCGAGCGCAUGGUGGAAGCCUUCGCGCAGUGUUACUGGGACGACUCUCGUACAGCGUUCUCCUCCGCCGAUACGGCAAUGAUCAUCGCGUAUUCGAUCAUUAUGCUCAAUACCGAUUUGCACAACCCGCAGGUAAAGAAGAACAAGAUGUCAAAGGAGCAGUUUGUCAAAAACAACCGAGGCAUUGACAACGGAAGCGACCUGCCGAAGCGAUUCUUAGAGGAGAUUUACGAUGACAUUGCACAUAACCCAAUGCACAUCAAAGGUAGUCGUGUGAUCCCGAAAGCCACUCGUGAAGCUGGCGUGUCUGCUGCAGAUCUGGAAAACGAAAAAUUCCGUGGUGGUAUUGCCAAGGCUGUGGCUCAAUCCGAAGAGCUGAUGAAAGAUCAGUCGCACACAUACAACACCUUCCAGUUUGUCGGCGUCGACACGCCCAUCAGCCCGGAUUUGAUCAAACUUCUCUUCGAACGCGUGUGGUUUUCCUUGCUUACUUUAUCGACGACCAUUCUGUGUGACAGCCAGUCGGAUCUGUCUACCAGGAUGCAGUGCCUCGAUCUAUUGCGCUUCUGCAUCUCAACGUGUUUGUUCUUGAACAUGCCAGUGGAACGUCAGGCGUUUUGCGGCCUACUGAGGAAGGUGCAGGAUUCGUUGGAAGGUAAACCCCAAGAAGACAGCGAGGAAGACUCGGCCGACAAAGCCAGUAAAGCCAUUCCAGAAGACACUAAGUACGAGUGGGUGCGCACCAUCGAAGCUGCUGCUGCUAGCGACGAUCCGUGGAAGGCCAUGGGCGACAUUCAUUUACUCGUGAACGACAUGAAGGAGACGAUCCAAGUUCGUCAGAAAUCCGAGAAGCUCGACUCGGUUAUUCAGCGCAUUCAUCGCGCUCACUUUUACCUCAAAAACUCGACCACUUUCAUCCACGAGGGCGACUUAACGAAGAAGUGUCGAUCUCGCAACCAGCUUUACCGCUUCUUCCUUUUCAAUGACCAACUGCUGUACGCUGACAAGAGCAUGACUGGGAAGUGGAGUCCGCACAACUCGCUGCGUCUCAAGCUCACGCGCAUUUCACACAUUGGCGAUGGCGUUCUGCUGAAAAACGCUUUCCAGAUCCAAAACCCGAUCAAAUCUUUCGUCGUGUUCGCUGACAGUGCGACCUCCAAGGCUGAAUGGAUGCGGCUCAUUGACGACGCCAUCGCAGAGGCUUCCAAGAAGAUCAACCGGACAGCACGCCGCAUCUCGACACAAGGUCUGGCUCACCCAUGCCGUCCCCCGUAG